AUGAGAGAUUUUAGCAUCGAGAGUGAUAUAGCGAUUCCUCAAGCGGACACCCUCGUCAAAUUCAGGCCCGACGCCCGGAAGCGCAGAUGUGCUUACGACCAAAUGGAUCUGCAAAUUAUUUUAGAUGCGUCGUCUUCACGACGUGAGGUGUUCGAGCAUCAGCGGGAAUUGGCUUUAUCUCUCAUUGAACGUCUACCGAUUACUGCCGAUGGUAUGAAUGUUGCCGUAGGAGUAAUCAGCUUUACCGCUGUACCAACAGUCCGACUUCCUCUCGGAUUGGGAAGAACGAAAAGCGGUAUUCCAUAA